UUUCCGGUAGGAGGCCGAGAUGGAGAAGUUUCAAGCGGGCGUGGUGCUCGGUGGUGUGGGAGAUGCCUUGGGGUACCGCAAAGGUCGGUGGGAGAGCUGCACUUCUGGCCAGCAGAUCCAGCAGGAGCUUUCAUCGCUAGGAGGACUUGGGGCGUUGAAGCUGGAUACCGAAAACUGGCCUCUGAGUGACCGGACACUGAUGCACAUGACUACUGCCGAAGCACUCAUCACAGACUUCUGGUGUCUGGAUGACCUGUACCGGGAGCUCGUGCGGCUGUACGUGCAGGCCAUGGCGUCCCUGCAGGGUCGUGCCCCGGAGCCCGGCACCGUGGAGGGCUGCGCGCACCUCAAACCCGACAACUACCUGCUGGCGUGGCACACGCCCUUUAAUGAGAAAGGGUCCGGAUGCGGCGCGGCCACCAAGGCCAUGUGCGUAGGGAUGCGGUACUGGCAGCCGGAGCGACUGGACAACCUGGUGGAAGUGGCCAUUGAGACGGGCCGCAUGACUCACAACCAUCCCACAGGGUUCCUGGGGUCUCUUUGCACCGCGCUCUUUGCAUCCUAUGCACUGCAGGGCAAGCCACCGGUGCGCUGGGGUCGUGACCUCAUGAAAGUGAUCCCGAAGGCAGAGGAGUAUUGUAGGAAGACUAUCCGACACAUGGCGGAGUACCAGGAGAAGUGGUUCUACUUCGUAGCAAAGUGGCAGUUCUACCUGGAGGAGCGAGGUAUCGAGGAUGAGAGCCAGAACAAAGCAGCGUUUCCCGACCGCUAUGAUCCCGAGGAGUCGGACAAGGUUUACAAGCGCUGGAGUUCAGAGGGUCGAGCCGGCCACAUGGGCCAUGACGCACCCAUGAUCGCUUACGACGCCCUCCUGGCUUCCGGGUCAGACUGGAGCGAGCUCUGCAAGCGGGCGAUGUUCCAUGGAGGAGAGGGCGGAGCCACCGGUUCCAUCGCGGGCUGUCUCUAUGGACUUCUGUACGGGAUCGACCAGGUUCCCUCGAUGCUGUACCAGAAUUUGGAGAAAAGGGACCUCUUGGAAGAGCUGGGAGCGAAGCUGUACAAGGCCGCGUCAACAGAGAAGUAA